AGGUGGUAUGGAGCCGGAAGCAGGAAGCAGCCUGUGCUCCCCAGACCUGCCUGGCUGAGGGAGUUGGAGGCUUCUAGGAGGUAGCACUGUGCACGCCGAGAUGGCUGUGUCCACAGAGGAGCUGGAUACCACAGUUCAGGAAGUCCUGGGAAGACUGAAAAGCCACCAGUUUUUCCAGUCCACAUGGGACACUGCUGCCUUCAUCAUCUUCCUCACCUUCGUGGGUACGGUGCUGCUCCUGCUGCUGCUGGUCAUCGCCCACUGCUGCUGCUGCAGCUGCUGUGGCUCCCCCGGGCCCCGCAGGGCAAGCCCCAGGAAGGAAAGACCCAAGGGAGUGGAUAACUUGGCCCUGGAACCCUGACCGUGUGUGUCCUGCCCGGUGGCAGUAACAAAGCCUUGUCUGCCCAGA